AUGGAUUUCAACAGCUUGGAUAGGCAGCAAGAUGAACGUGGGAGAAAGAACCCGGAUGAAGAUCUUGGUUUCGAUGUCCGCGGGUCAGCUGGAUCUUCAAAGAUUGAAGCUGAAUUUCCUACCGAAGAUAUUCCUCUUUCUCCUCCUAUUCAAGUUCCAGUUCAUCCUCAUAAAGAUGGUAAUAAUUUGUUGUUCAAGCUGAGGAUUAAUAAUAAUCAGAAAUCCCCCAAAGAAAUUCGAGAUUCGGGUUACGGAUCAGGUUCAGCUGCAGCUGCUGAUGAUGAUGAGAAUCAGAGUCGGGUGGUUUUGAAUAAUAGCAAGAAGUAUUCUCACUUUUGCAAAGAAUGCAAUAAGGGUUUUUCUUGUGGGAAAGCUUUAGGAGGUCAUAUGAGUAGUGCUCAUGUUCAGGCUAAAGAUCAUCUCAGGAAGCUCAAGAUGAGGCAAUCUGAAAGCUUUUUGGAUAAAUAUGAUGGAGAAGAUGGUGAUGAAGAAGACGAGAGGUAUGUUUGUAGGCUUUGUAAUAAGGAGUUUCCUUCACGCAAGUCUUUGUAUGGUCAUAUGAGAUGCCAUCCUGAGAGGGAUUGGAGAGGUAUGGAGCCUCCUUCUUCAAAAUCGAAACAUCAAAGAUCUCGGAUUUGCACCACAGCUUCUACUGUUGUUGAUGAUUAUGAGGACGAGGAAGAGGAACCUGACCAUCAUCUUGAUUUUUACUCUAAUGAGGACGAAGAGAAAGUGUUUGACAAAGUGCACGAAGACAAUACUUUUCCCGUGGAUAAUGAUGUACAUGUAAGGGAUUUGAGUAAUGUUUUGGGUGAUAGCUGGGGAGCUACCGGCAAGCGAGGGAGAGACGCCGUGGUAAAGAUGAAUAUAGAUAUGGGGAUGGAUUCACUUUCAGAUUAUAAAGAAAGAAAGAAAUUGGUUAUAGCUGUUACACAAUUGUUAAGAUUAGUAAACUCUGGAGAAAAAGUAGUCACUGGUCAUGAGGUUCAAAGAGAGAAUUUUUCGAUUGAUGAUGAUUCCAGUAAUGAUUCUGAAGAAACCGAUGGAGAAGAUGAAUGGAAUAGUAAGGGUACUAAUUCUUCUAGAGGUGAUGCUCAAAUGAGGUAUGAUUAUGAUGAUUUCAAUGGAAUUAAUGUACAAAAAAGGCAGCGAUCAAUGGAACUGGAACAAACAAUCACUCCCGAAAAACAUGCGUGCAGUGAUUGUAACAAGAUUUUUUCGAGCCACCAAGCUUUAGGUGGUCAUAGAUCCAGCCAUAAUAAGGUGAAGAUGAGUGUCCAAAACGCAGUGAUACAACCACUUGAUGGUUAUAGACAUGGACUUUUUGUACCUUCAGUCAUACCUUUAAGUGGUGAUCGUCAUGGAGUGAUGAAGGUGGCGCCCAAUGAAAAUACCAUUCACAAAUGUGAGAUUUGUGGUAAAACAUUUUUAAGUGGUCAAGCACUUGGAGGUCACAAGAGGUGCCAUUAUACUAUGCCAGAAGGUUCCUCAUCAAGUCAAUUUGCUAGUAAUCCUGAUGAUGAUGAUGGAGUGAAACCAGGACGUAAGAUUCGUGAUUUUGAUCUUAAUGAGAAACCAGAGGUAGAGGUAGGAGAAGAUGAUAAUCAUAAUGUUUCUAGCUAG